AUGCCAUGGUGCUCUAGGGUUUUAAAGAUGGCGGGAACUCUUGGCGCCAUUACACAUUCUCUCCCUUCACCCAUUAUUUUCAACCCUUAUAAAACCUACCACCAUCACCAAUUCAACCCAUUUCGCUCUCCCCUCAUCUACCCUCCAUCCAAACCACCCUCUGUUUCAACAAUGGCACAAACCCUCAACGGCAGCCCCGAAAUCAAAGAACCCACCCCAAAGCUUCAAAAACUCGACGAUCAGAACGGAAACUCUGCCCAUCAAAUCCCUCUUUUCAAAGUCAAGAAGCUCUCAGAUAAAGCCGUUUUACCAUCCAGAGGCUCGUCUCUAGCCGCCGGUUACGAUCUUUCUAGUGCGGUUGAUACAAAAGUACCAGCAAGGGGUAAAGCAUUGGUGGCUACAGAUUUAAGCAUAGCUGUACCUGAAGGAACAUAUGCUCGCAUAGCUCCGAGGUCUGGUCUGGCGUGGAAGCACUCGAUUGACGUUGGUGCGGGUGUUGUUGAUGCUGAUUACAGGGGUCCGGUUGGGGUGAUAUUGUUUAAUCAUUCGGAUGUUGAGUUUGAAGUGAAAGUUGGUGAUCGAAUUGCGCAGUUGAUUGUUGAGAAGAUUGUGACUCCUGAAGUGGUUGAAGUUGAUGAUUUGGAUUCGACUGUUCGAGGUGCGGGUGGGUUUGGAUCCACGGGUGUUUAAUGUUUUGUAUAAGUAUUGGUUUAUCAUGGUAUGUAAUUGAAUUUGACUACUAAUUUUGGUGCUUUGUAUGGAUGUUUGGUAUGAAAUUGUGGUAGUUUUUGAUGGACCA